UUAAACCGCAGAUUUUAUUAUUUUUUUAAACCCAAAUUGGCAUUGCUCUCAGGCCCGGGCAGGCAGGGCGCCGAAGGAGGCGCCGCAGUAGUGGCACCGGCGGCGGCUCCCUCGCCUCCCCCUCUCUCUAUGUGCAUCUCUCCGUGUGGCGGGUCGCGAGGAUGGCGAUAGACCGGCGACGUGAGGCGGGAGGCGGCGGGCCGAGACGCCACCAGCCUCCUCCGGAGGAGAACGGUUCCCUGCCGGCCGGGGAGGCUGCAGCUGCGGCAGCCCCCCUGGGAGGUCCGGCCGUCGACGUGGGGGACAUCCAGACCCUGCCGCCUAUCCCGGCCCCCGGGGCCCCCGGAGGCGCCCCGCAGCCCAGCUGCUGCUCCUCGUCCUCGGCACCGAGUCUCCUGCUCCUGGACUACGAUGGGUCGGUGCUGCCCUUCCUCGGGGGGCUGGGCGGAGGCUACCAGAAGACGUUGGUGAUCCUCACCUGGAUCCCGGCGCUGUUUAUUGGCUUCAGUCAAUUCUCGGACUCUUUUCUCUUGGACCAGCCGGAAUUCUCGUGCCGGGGGCCCCAGGAAGGAACUGGUUUCGUGGGGGCCACCGCCACUGGCAGGGUGGGCAUUGGUGACUUUGGGAACGGGACGAGUACUCCAGCAACCUUUUCCACCACCACCUGGAGACCGGUGAGCAACCUGAGCAAUAGUAGCCUGGGAAGUGCAGAGGUGGACUACACGCUGCCUCUGCAGCCCCCUCCAGACAAGGAAGACCUCAACUCCACCAACUGCCAAUGCCACCAAUGGCAUUACCGCAUCCGAGCCGGUCUCGUCCAAAACGUAGUCAGCAAGUGGGAUCUUGUGUGUGACUCUGCCUGGAAGGUCCAUAUUGCUAAGUUUUCCUUACUGGUUGGCCUAAUCUUUGGCUAUCUGAUAACCGGAUGCAUUGCUGACUUGGUUGGCCGGAGGCCGGUGCUGCUCUUUUCCAUCAUAUUCAUUCUGAUCUUUGGACUGACUGUGGCGCUUUCAGUGAAUGUGACAAUGUUCAGCACACUCAGGUUUUUUGAAGGAUUUUGUCUGGCUGGAAUAAUCCUUACCUUGUAUGCACUGAGAAUAGAACUUUGUCCUCCUGGACAUCGGUUCAUGAUCACGAUGGUGGCAAGCUUCAUAGCUAUGGCAGGACAGUUCCUUAUGCCGGGUUUGGCAGCCCUCUGCAGAGACUGGCAAGUCCUCCAGGCUCUCAUCAUCUGCCCUUUCCUCCUGAUGCUUCUCUACUGGUCUAUUUUCCCAGAGUCCCUCCGGUGGCUAAUGGCCACACAGCAGUUUGAGCCAGCAAAGAAGUUGAUCCUGCACUUCACGCAGAAAAACCGCAUGAAUCCUGAGAAUGAUAUCAAAGGAGUGAUGCCGGAACUGGAGAAGGAACUUUCCAGGAGGCCCAAGAAGGUCUGCAUUGUGAAAGUGGUGGGGACGAGGAACCUGUGGAAAAACAUUGUGGUCCUGUGCGUGAACUCGCUGACCGGGUUUGGAAUCCACCACUGCUUUGCUAGGAGCAUGAUGGGCCACGAGUUGCCACUACUCACGAACUUCUAUGCUGACUACUAUACCACGGCGGGCAUAGCCUUAGCUUCCUGCCUGGCCAUGUGCCUGGUGGUCAGGUUCCUGGGCCGCAGGGGCGGGCUGCUGCUGUUCAUGAUCCUCACUGCCCUGGCCUCCCUUUUGCAGCUUGGCCUCCUUAACCUGAUUGGAAAAUACAGCCAGCAUCCAGGCUCAGGAAUGAGUGAAAAAGUCAGAGAGAAAUUCUCCACCACGUUUUCCAUCGUGGGUAUGUUCGCCUCACAUGCGGUGGGAAGCCUCAGCGUUUUCUUCUGUGCAGAGAUAACCCCGACAGUAAUAAGGUGUGGAGGCUUGGGCCUGGUCCUGGCCAGCGCGGGCUUCGGGAUGCUGACCGCCCCCAUCAUUGAGCUGCACAACCAGAAGGGCUACUUCCUUCACCACAUCAUCUUUGCCUGCUGUACUCUCAUCUGCAUCAUCUGCAUCCUCCUCCUGCCAGAGAGCAAGAACCAGAACCUGCCGGAGAACAUCCUCAACGGUGAACAUUACACCAGGCAGCCCCUCCUGCCCCACAAGAAGGGGGAGCAGCCCCUCCUGCUCACAAACUCAGAACUCAAGGAUUACUCCGGCCUCCACGAUGUGGCCGCCAUGGGGGAUGGGCUGCCGGAAAACGCCACGGCCAACGGGAUGAAGUCCAUGUAAUUGGGCUGGUUCGGUCCCUCCGGGAGGGGAACCCUUUGAGGGUCUGGCACAGGUUUAUAGACCUGUAACGACGGCAGGUACAGACAACUUGAAAAGGAAAGGUCAAAUCCGCUGCUAAAGCCACUUAAUCACUGGAGACUUUCAAUGGGUGUGAGGAAAUUUCUGCUGACUGAAAAGCAUCAGAAUGAUGAAUUUGAGGGAAGAAACUGGCUGGAGAGAUCCCUUCAGAGACUUUCUUUUUCUGCCAUUAAAUGUUUGUAUUUAUUUUGGUCAUUUUUACAAGAAGCACUUUAUUCCCUUUUCCUCUCAUUAAUCACAAAGUAAAAUGAACCUUCUCUUAAGGAGGGGCACAGCCAUUCCAAGGAAGAGACUUUUAGAAACAAAGCAAAAAAAAUAAAAAAUAAAAAAACAAUCCAAACCUUCUAAAGAAGAUGAACACACUACUACUACCCAGAAGAGCAAAAAGUGAUUUCUUCCUGUCCCCAAACCCCGAGGCUGCCGCCUGUGGAUAAGCAAAUGACACCGUUGUGAAUCAAACUGUGACUGCAUUUAAGACAAGGGGGGAAAGUAAAAUUCAUUAGGUUUUGAUGGUGAGUCUGUAUGUGGUUUAAAACAAAAGAAGUGUCAUUUUCUACAUGUAAGGUAAGACCUUCCCAUUUCACAAUUAGAUUAAGCAGUUCACGAAUCCCAAUAAAGCAGGUAUGUGGGUCUUCUUUCCGGAUGGUUCUUUUGUAUUGAAUAAUGAUGUUUUUGAAGCUCCUUUGGGAAAAAUCCUAAUCAUUUCAUUCAAAAUGAAGAAAACCCACACGACCAAUGGCUGUGGAUCCAGUUUUCUGACGACAGGGUUGCCUAAUGAAGUGGAUAAAUCAAUAAUAGAUGUGCUGAGGGGAGGACACAGCAUCAAGAACCUGAGACUCAUCCCCCUACCCAGAUGCCUUUCAGCUAAAAUCUCCCUAGUCCAUUAGCAGCAUCCGCUGCAGACUCUACUUGAAGGAACAAUGGCUACUUUCUAAUCAGUGAAUGAUACUGACCAGGGACUCUGAAGAUAGUAAGUGAACAGAGGGAGACAGUACAAAAACCUUACCAGGUAUACAUGUUUAGAGCACACACCCUCGAGGAAAGCACUUGCUUAUAUUUUACUAUCAACUCUAAAUAUUUAUUGACAAUUUUCUGACAUGUGGGUCAUCCUCCAGGUCUUUUGCUUCUCCCAAUCUUUUGUCCACUUCACUGCUUAUCAGGGCACAAGCAGGGCAGGAAAGAGAGAUUAACCUCUAAUCAUUCUAUCCAGACCCUUCUAAAAAAGAGAGAGAGGACAGAAAAAGGAAAUCCUACAAAACAAUUUUUUAAAAAUACUUUCAAAUUAAAUUAAUGCUGAAUUUUAAUUUUCACCCCCCCCAAAAAAAAUCACAUGGGUAGUUUUAACUGUUGUAUGCAUUUGAAGGCCAUUUUGCACCUUCCCAGAAUUCAUCCAUAGAUUCAAUGGCCUUCUGUUAUUAGAAGCCACCCCCCAAAGUAGGGAUGGGUGUGGCAGUCAUGUGGAAUGGUUUCCUCAAUAAUGUUAAGGUUAGCCACUAAAAAAUUGUAUCCUAUUUUAGCCCACUAAAAAAAGGAACUUCUGGGGGACCCAUGUGAUGUUCCCCUUUGUAGUAACAGCAAGCAAUUAACCUACUGACCCCAUUUCCACACAGUUCCACAGAUGCCUAACCACUGACAACCUUUGGCUCUUACUUGGUCAAGCUCAGAGAAGGAUCAAGCUGGAGUUGUUUUUUUCCUGAGCAAGAAGUUUUUUUUUCUGUCCUAGUCGACACCCUGUGUUAUGUAUGUCUUUGUCCUGGGGCAAAGUUAGUUCUUCCAAUGGUCUAAGUGCUGGGAUGGGCACUAUGUAUUAGGCAGCCAUGUAUCUGCCAACUCCUAAUGUAGCUUGAUGUUGAAGAGCCCAGAAAAGGGGUUAAUCUGUCCUGUUUCCCCAUCCUAGCUCCUUACCUCAUCUAUGUGCCUGCUGUCUCCACCAACCUUUGUCCUGCUAAGAGUGGCAUGAUGUUGUAGCAGUAGGCAUAGCUGAGUGACUUGUUCCUCAGUGCCAGGCUGGGGUGGGAGGGGAAUAGAAGAGACAAGAUUAUUGGAGUAAAGAAGGCAAACCAAAGUAGGGGUGUUUUCUGAACCACAUCCAAAACACAAAAACCUACUGCCACUGUGGAGAACGAGGACACCCAUCUGGGUUCUAAAAAGACUCCUCUAAGAAACACAGGUGAAGACGGACUCUCAAAGCAACCCAGUAAUAAACAAUCAACGGGGAAACAGGCUGUCCUUAUGAAGCUACAACCACAUUGUAUGACUGUUCUUAUCCUCUGUAGUUGCUCGUAUGACUUAAAAGUCGGGUCUCCUUUGUUCCAUGUUGCAAAUUUUCAGUCUGCAUUCACCUUGAAAAAGGCCUUUCUUUAGAUGUGUGCAGUCUUCACGUGCCAAACUUAUGAAAUACCUUUUGCCUUUUUAUAGAGUACUUGGGACAAAAAUCACAUGGCAACAAAAUCCAUGUUAAGUAUAUGAAAAAUACAGACGUGGCCUUGAAGCAAGAGCAUCAGACACAUGAGGGGAGGGGCAGUCAGCAAGGGCUCUUUGGACCACAGACUGGACACCUGGAUACCUAUUCAUAUGUGCACAAAUGAGCACAUGUAUACACACACACACACACACACAGAGAGCUGGUACACCUUGCAAUUAAUUUACCGUAACAGCUUUUGAGUUAAUAUCUGUGAGCAUUCUUGAAACUGCGGUCUGAACCCCUCAGAUUUUUUUCAGAUAACACGUAUUCAAGCUGUUCUUGCUCCUGAGUUGCCAGUCAUCUCUUGGAGUCAUGCACAGUGCUUUCUAGAGCCCCUCGUGCCAGGGUCUCUAUUCUCUUAACUUUAGAAAAACAAUAACAACAGACAACACCCAAGAACAGGGCCAAUGAACAGAAGGGGAAAAAAUAACAACACUAAAACAUAUCAAACAAAAGGAUGGAUUCAUGACGAAUUCAAAAGUGACAGGAGUUCAAAGCAAAGUCUGGUUCUUAGCUUUGGAGACUGGGGAUGAGGAAGAAGGAAGGGGAGAAGGAAGGAUCUAGAUUUGGAUUUUUAAAUUUAUUUUAAUUUUUUUUUGGCCCAGUCUGUUUAAGUAUAAUGGAAUUAUCUUGCUAGGACGCUAGAGAGCAGCACACACCUGGGCAAGGUGUUCCUCUACCUGAUUCUGUUGACACAUCCCUCUCAAAACUCACCCAGGGUUAAAGGGCCAGACUUUUGCUCUUCCCUUUAGUGGCAUCAGUCAGCUGGGGAAAGAUUUCAGUGCCAGCUGAACAUUUUUACUGAAUGUAGUCAAAUCAGAAGAACCUCUCUGUGGAGAGAGCCCAUGAACGUAAGGUACCAAGUGAGGCAGCAGCAGGGAUGGAGAAAGGGCAUCUGGGCCCCACAUCUCUUCUGCCCUGCUCGAUGUCCGGAUGGGUGCUCUGGCAGCUACUUAAUGACUUGUCUGUCAAACUUGAAAACUACUCAAUCCUGUUUCCUUCAUGGUUGACACAAAGGAAACGCUUUUCUCAGGCGACUUGCUGCUUCCAGUCAGCCUCCUCUUCCCCUCUCCCCCAUAGAAAGCAUUCAAAGAUGUAUUUGCCAGCUACCUACAUGUAAAUCCAUUCCAUUCUGAAACCUCAUUAGUUAGAUCUUCAACCACCAGGGGGCUCUGUCUUAUCUCCUUUGUCUCCCUUGUUCCAAACGAUUAACGCACAAACACAUUUCAUCCCCAUCCUCCCCGUCCCCAUCCCCCACGCACCACCCCACCCCACCCCAUCCAUCCCACCUUCAAGUUCUCAAGGAUGCUUUGUGCUAUCGAGCACCACAGUCUGUUCUUAUUUUCUGAGAGGCUGGUUGGCCACUGACACACUGGCAAUUGGAAACGGGGUGGAGUGGUUGGCUUAUUGGGUCACUGAGCAGGAAAUAGCUAAUGAUACACAAAAGGAGGUAUCUGCUUAAACCCUGAUACUUUCCAGAGCCAAACUGAAGUCACAGAACUGGAAGUAGGAGUGCCAUGAAAUGGACUUUGAAUGUCACAUCACCUGUAGCCUCUGGAUGGCUCACGCUGGACAGCAUCCUGCACUUCAACUGCUAUUGUUGGUCUUUUUAUUUUUUUAGACAAAACCUCAUUUUAAUGUAGUGUAUAAACUGUUUUGGGAAAGGAAUACAGUGUAAUGUCUAGUGGGUAAGCUUUCCUUCCUUCCCUCCCUCCCACCUCUCCCCUCUCCCUUCCCCCCACCCCAACUCCCUCUGUUUCUGAUGAGGCUCUAAUUAAAGAAUUGUUACUGUACGUUUUGAUCAUGAUUAGUCUGGUGGUGCUUACCCAUAGCACAAGCUUAAAUCAAGUACUGAAACUGUCUUACAAGCUAAGUGUCUGCAUGAUGUUACAUCUGUUGUACCUACUGAGAAAUUUGUAUGUCAAUGUACAGAAAUAAAAAAAAAAAAGU